CAUUCCUUCUUAUAACAAUAAAAAAUGAAAUUUUUUACAUUAGUUGGAGCUUUCCGUGGUAAACAGCGCUUUAUAUCAUCUAUGGUGAAACAUCCAGCGUGCACUGAAUACAUCUCCAAACUUCGAGAAUGCUAUAGAUUUGAAGAACAUAAGCAGAUUGUUGUGCCCAUAUUUAAAAAGGCUUUGCUAUUUGGCCAUCAUACAGCAUUGAAGGAUGCUAACGGCCAAUAUUCAUAUUUUCAGUUAUAUGUCAACUCAAAAAGGCUUUCGAGGCAAAUUUCUAACUUGUGCGCCAGUGGUUCCAGUUCUACUGUGGGUCUUCUAUUCUCCAAUGAUGUUCUGGCAAUUCUUAGUUUGUGGGCCUGUUGGAUGUCUGGUCAAAUAGCAGUGCCCCUCAACCCCAAAUACUUCGUGGGCAACCUUCAAAGCAUUGCUUCGGACUGCCAGAUGAAAUUGUUAAUGUCCUCGAAAGAACAUGGUGUUUUAGGACGUCAACUUGCAGAAGCGAAUCAGAUUCCCCUAUUGACCUUGCAGCAUGAAUUUGCCCAUAAACCCAAUCACCAUUUCAAUUUGAAACGGGAAAUCUUCAUGACCGACACUUUGGUAUUCUUUGAGGGUCUAUUGCAAAAUAUAUUUUACAACAAUGCAUAUGCAAUGCAGCUAUAUUUUCCCCAAUCAAGAGAGGCCCAACAACAAACAUACCAAAAAAAUUUUCUUUCUCACAAUGAUGUAAACCAUCAAAUGAAGCAACUGGCCAGUGUGUGGAAUAUGACUUGUGAGGACAAAAUUUUAAACUUAUUACCCUCUUGUGAAAUCUCCAGCUAUGUGGCAACCACUUUAUUCCCCUUAGCUGUGGGAAGUAUUUUACAAAUUCAAGAUCCCUUUAAAGCCCACAAUGCCUGGAGCUUGAUUUUGGGUAUAAAUGUUCCCCUUAAGGAACGCAUCAAUGUUUUGAUAGCAGAACCAAAAGUCUAUGAAGUUUUAAUAUUAGAAUAUGAAAAGAUGUUCUCAAAGAAUACCAAAAUGAGGGAUUAUAUCAAAGACUAUUGCUGCCAGAACAUACGCCUUAUGUUGUGCUGCAUUGAGAAAUUACCCAAAGAUGUAUAUUGUAAAUGGUUGGACAUUACGGGACAUUCUGUAAUGGAAAGUGAUUUUGUAAACGAUUUCAAAGCCAAAGUUGAAACGGCUACCGUUGAAGAUCAACCCUUAAAGAUCAAGGAUGAUGAGGGAAAAUUAAUAAUUGAAAAUAGAAAUGUACGCAUAUUGGACUCGGAACAUAACAUCCUUUUAGAAAUGAGUGGGCUAACGAAGAAAAAAUUCUAUACUUCAUCUGAAACGGUGAUAGGAAGUCUAUGGAUAUCACCUUAUGGCAAGGAAGACUAUGUUAGCACGGGAGACGUUGUGGCAUUUCAAAAUGACAUUUUGAUUUUUCUGGGACGAUGCUGUCAUGGAAAGUAGCCAUUUA